AUGAUUCCCCAAUCAUCGGCAGUGGCAGCCGGAGCAGGAAAAAUAUGUAAAAUUGAAAUCGGAAAAUGUUUGCUUUUCGUCACACUGCUAACGAGUGUUUGCAUCCAAACCAUCCGAACCGACGAGGGUACCUCGGAUGCCCAUCCACCGCCGACAAAUGAACCCGAAACCACUACCGGCUGUCCCCCACCAGACUUCAAAAUCUCGCGACCGCGAAAAUCCUUCCCCAGCACUGAGGCUCCCUUCGUUACAUUCGAAACUACGCAAGUCAAUUUACCGCAGGACUUCACUACCGCCGAGCUAGAGUUUAUCGACGGCGGCAAGGCAGCUGCCUUGGUUGGUCAAAGUGUAGCCCUGCACGAUUCGCACGAUACUCCCUUCUGGUGGGAGAUGGGAAUACAGAAUGCCGAGGCUAGGGAAUCUCUGGCAGCGGCAUCGUUCCCAUCGCACUACAACAAAAAACGGGCUAGACGAGCUGUCAGGCGGUCGGGCCGCCGUCUGCGAAGGUCACCCUUCGGACAGCAGGAUGGACAGGAAAACGUUCUGCACCAGGAACUGACACCGGUUAUUGUGAUCAACAACGUUUUCAAUGAGAACGAUAGUGAUCACAGUGUGUUUGAUAAUGUGUUUUUAAAUAGUAAUCAACUAGACGAGGAAGAUGGCGAAGAUCAGCCGGAGUCGGAUGACCGAGAACGGUAUGUUGAUCGAAAUGAAAUCGGCGAACUGUCCGAAACGGAGGUGAUUGAGGUCCACGGUGUUAAGACAAGAGUAAAGAGAAAGUCGGGUAAAACCACCGGAGCGUUGAGUCGGGCCAAAGGAAGUGGCGGCGAUAGCGGAAGUAAGAGUAUCACCAGACACAACAAACAAGAUACCUCGGACUUGGAGCAAGAUGGCCAUAAAAUGCGUGACGGAAGCGUUACUGCAGAGGACGCCCAGCUCGGUCAGGACCAAGGGUCCAUGGUACGGGUUAAGCGUAAGUCUGGUAAGGCAACCGGUGCGCUCAGUCGGCCGAAAGGCGGCAGCGAUAGUGGCAGUAAGAGUAUCAGUCGAAAUGCCAACAAAGGUCAGUACGAUGAGGACGGUAGCUACGUUCCGCCAUUGCCAGAUUCCCGGGAAAGUCCUGAUGAAGAGAAGGAGAGCGAGGAAAUUGAAGAAAGCCCAGAAUUGCAUCAAUUCAGAGAAGUCAUGGAGGUGCGGUUCCCAGGUGAAGUUGGACCUCUCGGAGGGCACCGGCUCUGCAAGAUUCAGUGCAUCAAAGGGCACUGGGUGGGACCACUGUGUGCCAUGAACGAACAUGAAAUGGACGAAAAUGGUCAAUUAAAAUUCGAACCCCUAUAUAAGCGCUGUGUGGUAGAUCAAAUUCCAGCGCAUUUGCUACUAAGCUACAAGAAUGUCUCUGUGACGUCUGGUUGGGACUUACCACAUGGACAUACUCUUCAAGCUAGAUGUCGCGAUCUUGGUUUGUAUAAACUUCUCGGUGAAACUAAAGUACUCUGUUCAAAUGGUCUGUGGGCUCCAAAAAUGCCCAAUUGCGUGCCGACGACCCUGCUGACAAAUUAUUCUGAUGACAGUCCGCCAUCUAUCCGAAUCAAGGUAGGCGUAGGAUCUGCUGCCUAUGAACCGUCCGGAGUACUAGCUGUCCUGCCCACUAGUACAAUUCAUCUGGAUUGCAUGUAUCCUAGACGUCGAGGUUCACCGGAGUGGACAUGGACUGGCUGGUUCCGACAGUACUUGACUGGUUGGUCGGCAGUACCGGAGGAGAAAGCGUCCCGUUACCGCUUAACUAUUAAGGACAUCCAAAGCCAAGACUCGGGAACGUACACCUGUGCUUCUCCCCGUGGGUUGACGAAUAGUAUAGUGAUAAUCGUUGCUACAUCGCAGUGUGCAGCUCUUUCGGAACCGAGACCACCACUUUCGUUGCGAUUGGAGGGAAUAAAACUGGGUCAGAGAGCUCUCUACAGAUGUCCGCUUGGUUACACCUUACAAGGAACCGCUAAUGCAACUUGUUUGGCUUCAGGAAACUGGUCUUCGCCUCCUCCAAACUGUCAUCCGAUUCAGUGUCCUCCGUUGUUCUUAGAAGACCCGCACCUUAGCCUGGUUGAGCUAAAUACAUCUGCUUGGGGACGUGCCGUAUUCCGCUGUGCAUGGGGUUACCGCUUAAGCGGACCCCCUGGGCUCGAGUGUGAACCAAAUGGGCAUUGGAGUGGCCCUAUCCCAAGAUGCCGUGCAAUUCAAUGUCCUCAACCCUUGGUACCAAUUAACGGUCGGAUCGACGGAACCAGCGGACUGAACACGUUUGGCCAGCGUCGCUACGCCGUUGGGGCACUAGUAACGUUCAGUUGUACCGAAGGUCAUCUGUUAGUGGGAGAGGCCUCAAUAGUGUGCACUGAAACUGGCUUCUGGUCUCACCCGCCGCCAUUUUGUAAGGCCCAAUGUCCAUAUCCCGGAGAUCCACCGAAUGGACUGAUAGCGCCGCUCAAGUUCCAUUACGAUCCGGGAGACUAUCUGACAGUCCAGUGCCGGCCCGGCUUUGUCGAGCACGGAGUGAACGGUGGACCACCGGAACGUCCUCGCUGCACGCCGGAAGGUGACUGGUCCGGACCGGUUCCACAGUGUCGAAGUUAUGAGGAAAUUUAA